CCUGUGUUAUUUGUCUUUCAGUAUGUUCAAGCAGAUGCUCCUACCAAUAAAACACUGGCUGGACUGGUGGUGCAGCUGCUGCAAUUCCAGGAAGAUGCCUUUGGAAAACAUGUCACCAAUCCUGCCUUUACAAAGCUUCCUGCAAAAUGCUUCAUGGAUUUCAAAGCUGGAGGUACAUUAUGUCACAUUCUUGGUGCUGCUUACAAAUAUAAGAAUGAACAGGGCUGGCGGAGGUUUGACCUGCAGAAUCCAUCCCGAAUGGAUCGAAAUGUGGAGAUGUUCAUGAACAUUGAGAAAACACUAGUGCAGAACAAUUGUCUGAGCAGACCAACCAUCUACCUCAUUCCAGAUAUAGAAUUGAAGUUGGCUAAUAAAUUGAAGGAUAUUGUCAAACGUCACCAGGGAACAGUAACUGAAGAGAAAUCAAAGGCUACCCACCAUGUUUAUCCAAGUCCUACCUCAAUGGAUGAUGAUGAAUGGUUGAGACCUGUGAUGAAAAAAGACAAGCAGGUGCUGGUACACUGGGGCUUCUUUCCAGACAGCUAUGACACUUGGGUUCAUGCCAAUGAAAUAGAUGCUGAAAUUGAGGAUCCUCCAAUUCCUGAAAAGCCAUGGAAGGUUCAUGCCAAGUGGAUUUUGGACACAGAUAUAUUCAAUGAAUGGAUGAAUGAAGAAGAUUAUGAGGUAGAUGAGAACAGGAAAUCAGUGAGUUUUCGACAGAGAAUCUCCAUGAAAAAUGAAGAGCCUGUACGUAGCCCGGAGAGGAGAGACAGGAAGGCAGCAGCAAGUACAAGAAAGAGAAAGCAUUCUCCCUCUCCACCUCCCACUCCUGUGGAGUCAAGAAAAAAGACAGGGAAGAAAGGACAAGCAGCCUUAUAUGGGAAAAGGAGAGGGCAGAAAGAAGAAGAUGAGCAAGAAGAUCUUACGAAGGACAUGGAGGAUCCCACACCAGUACCUAAUAUAGAAGAAGUGGUACUUCCCAAAAAUGUGAACCCAAAGAAGGACAGUGAAAACACGCCUGUGAAAGGAGGAACAGUAGCAGACCUCGAUGAACAGGAUGAGGAGACAGUGGCAACUGGAGGAAAGGAAGAUGAAGAUCCUAACAAAGGUGAUCAAAGUCGGUCAAUUGAUCCAGGUGAAGAUAAUGUCACAGAACAAACCAACCACAUCAUUAUUCCAAGCUAUGCAUCUUGGUUUGACUACAACUGUAUUCAUGUGAUUGAACGUCGUGCUCUUCCUGAAUUCUUCAAUGGAAAAAACAAGUCCAAGACUCCAGAAAUAUACCUGGCUUAUCGCAACUUCAUGAUUGACACCUAUCGCUUAAACCCUCAAGAGUACCUAACCAGCACGGCCUGCAGAAGGAAUCUGACUGGAGAUGUCUGCGCUGUCAUGAGGGUACACGCUUUUCUGGAGCAGUGGGGUCUCAUAAACUACCAAGUGGAUCCAGAAAGCCGUCCCAUGGCAAUGGGGCCUCCCCCAACCCCUCAUUUCAAUGUGCUGGCUGACACACCCUCUGGACUUAUGCCUCUCCACAUCCGCACUCCACAGGUUCCAGCUGCUCAGCAGAUGUUGAGUUUUCCUGAGAAAAACAAAGAGAAGCCUACUGAUAUGCAGAACUUUGGACUUCGCACAGAUAUUUACUCAAAAAAGACUUUAGCAAAGAGUAAAGGUGCAAGUGCUGGAAGAGAAUGGACAGAACAAGAGACAUUGCUGCUAUUAGAAGCUCUGGAGAUGUACAAAGAUGACUGGAACAAAGUCUCAGAGCACGUCGGGAGCCGUACCCAAGAUGAGUGCAUUCUCCAUUUUCUGAGGCUCCCAAUCGAAGACCCCUAUUUGGAGAACUCUGAUGCAUCUCUGGGCCCUCUGGCUUACCAGCCUGUACCUUUCAGCCAGUCUGGCAAUCCAGUGAUGAGUACUGUUGCUUUUCUGGCAUCAGUGGUGGAUCCCCGGGUGGCAUCAGCCGCAGCAAAGGCUGCAUUAGAGGAGUUUUCUCGAGUCAGAGAGGAGGUACCACUGGAGCUCGUUGAAGCCCAUGUAAAGAAAGUACAGGAAGCAGCAAGAGCCUCUGGGAAGGUGGAUCCAACGUAUGGACUAGAGAGCAGCUGCAUUGCUGGAACAGGUCCAGAUGAGCCGGAGAAAAUGGAAGGAGCUGAAGAAGAAAAGAUGGAAACAGAGACAGAUGGGCAACAGUCUGAGAAGGUGGAAAACAAAGCGGAGAGUGAAAUUGAGGAAGGCGAUAAAGUACAAGAAGGAGAAAAUGAGAGGAAUCCAGAAAAAGAGCAAGAUAGCGAAGUGACUGCAGACACCAAGCCAGAAGAAAAGGAGGCAGAAGAGAACAAGGAGAACGUUGAUGCAAGCAAAGACAAAGAAAACGAGGCUGGGAAGAAGAAAGUGGAACAUGAAAUCUCGGAAGGAAACGUAGCUACAGCUGCAGCUGCUGCCCUUGCCUCAGCUGCCACCAAAGCAAAGCACCUAGCAGCAGUGGAAGAAAGAAAGAUCAAGUCCCUGGUUGCCCUUUUGGUGGAAACGCAGAUGAAGAAGUUGGAGAUAAAACUUCGCCAUUUUGAAGAGUUGGAAACCAUUAUGGACAGAGAGAAAGAGGCACUAGAGCAGCAGAGGCAACAAUUGCUGACAGAACGCCAGAAUUUUCACAUGGAACAGCUGAAAUAUGCUGAAUUAAGGGCUCGUCAGCAAAUGGAGCAGCAGCACAGUCAAAACCCACAGCAGUCACACCAGCACUCUGCUGGGCCUGGGAUGAACCCCCUUGGGGCACCAGCACAUCCAGGCUUACUGCCUCAUCAGCAGCCUCCGCCGUACCCUAUGAUGCACCACCAAAUGCCACCACCUCACCCACCACAGCCAGGUCAGAUGCCGGGGCCUGGUUCGAUGAUGCCUGGACAGCCCAUGCCAGGCCGGAUGAUGCCAAGUGUGUCAGCCAACAUCCAUCCAGCCAGCAGUGGUCCCCCCCCACCCGGCAUGUCACCCAUGUCAGGAAAUCUCAUUGGACCUCGUGUUCCUCUAGCAGCUCCAAAUGGCAUGUAUCCCCCUCCUGCACAGCCACCUCCACCAGCAGAAGGGGUGACCCCACCUCCAGCAGGAGCCCCGCCGGCCUCAGCCGCUCCCUAAGCAGCCAAGGAAGAAGGAACUUCUACAGCAACAUCGUGGUGACCAAAAAUGAAUUCCUCAGUUCCCUUCUGUUCCCCUGGGAGGUCAUCCCCUCCUGUUGGUGCCCCGGUCGUGUAUGUGUGCCUACACAUAGACAUAUACAAGCACAGAUAAACAGUCAUCUUUUUUCCCCCCUCCCCACUGCUCAAAUCUGGCAGUACUUGGCAUUCCUUUGGGAAAGCUUUAGAUCAAAGAUGCCAGUAGUGCCUCCAUGUUGCUGGCAGGAAGUCCUUCACGCCUUGGUCUGCUUCCCUUUUGACUCCUGCUCAACUCUGGUUUUGUUCAUCUUGGUGUUUUGAGCUUUGUGUUCUCCUGGGGAGGAUAAAAAAACAAAACAAAACAAACCACACAAAGCUUUUAAGGUGGAGGCAUUAACGGAGCUUUAGGAUGUAACACAUGACCACUCCACCUGUGAUUUAACAUCUCGGGUUCUCCAGGCAGAGCAAAACAGCACGAUGGGAUGCCAGACCAAUAUUUUGAGCAGAGAAGGAAAAUAAAGGCGUGUUGUAGCACGGAAGGUGCAGGAAUGCCAGCCGUGUUCAUCACAGGUAAUUCUGGGGCUGCAUCGCUUAACUUAUUAAAGAAAAUAUUGAUCUAGUGCGAAUGAAGCCAGGAGUGAAUCAAUUGGAAUUAAACCACUCAAUGGUAGGAGUUUUCUUGCUCCAGUUUUUAACUUUCUUUUGCCUUUGAAGGUUGGUAGUUGAACCUUCCCUCUGAGUAGUUUGGUACAGUAGCCAACUGAGGAAUAAAACCAUGAUUUUUAGUCCCUCUUUUUUGGAGCAUAUACUUUUUACUUUUUAAAAUGAGCAGAACA